AGAGGAAGACCGUGAGCGCGCGCUAGCUCGCUAGCAAAGCAGAGAGACAGACUGAGAUAGGGACUAGGACAGAGACCUAGAGAAAGAGAACAAGCCUCAUUCUGUCAGGGCUUAGCCUCCAACUUGUUUCAGUUCAUUCAUCCUUUUCUCCUCUGCUUCGGGGAAGUGACUGUGGCACUCGCUGUGUUUGGCUGCUGGAAAUCAGAAGGAAGGAGGAGACUGAACAGCCCCUUUCCCUCACCCUAUUGCAGUACCCAAGUGCAAGUCUCUCCAAGUUUCUGUCUAAGAUGAGAAUCACACAAAUGCGACAUUUCUAUGUGACAAGAGUUGGACUUCUUUUUCUGAUUAGUAUUCUUCCUGGAACCACCAGCCAAGGGGAAUCAAGACGACAAGAACCUGGGGACUUUGUGAAGCAAGAUAUUGGCGGACUCUCUCCCAAGCAUGCUCCAGAUAUUCCUGAUGACAGCACUGAUAACAUCACAAUUUUCACUAGAAUCUUGGAUCGGCUUCUGGAUGGUUAUGAUAACCGGCUGCGACCUGGGCUUGGAGAUGCAGUGACUGAAGUGAAAACAGACAUCUAUGUGACAAGUUUUGGCCCUGUGUCAGACACUGACAUGGAAUAUACUAUUGAUGUAUUUUUUAGACAGACGUGGCAUGAUGAAAGACUGAAAUUUGAUGGACCCAUGAAGAUCCUUCCACUGAACAAUCUUCUGGCUAGUAAGAUAUGGACUCCUGACACCUUCUUCCACAAUGGCAAGAAAUCAGUGGCUCACAAUAUGACCACACCAAACAAGCUUCUUAGACUAGUAGAUAAUGGGACCCUCCUCUAUACAAUGAGGUUAACAAUACAUGCUGAAUGUCCUAUGCAUUUGGAAGAUUUCCCCAUGGAUGUGCAUGCCUGCCCACUUAAAUUUGGAAGCUAUGCCUAUACCAAAGCUGAAGUGAUUUACUCUUGGACUCUUGGGAAGAACAAAUCUGUGGAAGUAGCACAGGAUGGCUCUCGCCUGAAUCAAUAUGACUUGCUUGGCCAUGUUGUUGGGACAGAGAUAAUCCGGUCUAGUACAGGAGAAUAUGUCGUCAUGACAACCCACUUUCAUCUGAAGAGAAAAAUUGGAUACUUUGUCAUCCAGACCUACUUGCCAUGUAUCAUGACUGUCAUUCUGUCACAAGUGUCUUUCUGGCUUAAUAGAGAAUCUGUCCCUGCCCGCACAGUCUUUGGUGUCACCACUGUUCUCACUAUGACCACCUUGAGUAUCAGUGCCAGAAAUUCCUUACCUAAAGUGGCAUACGCGACGGCCAUGGACUGGUUCAUAGCCGUCUGUUAUGCCUUUGUAUUUUCUGCACUGAUUGAAUUUGCCACUGUCAACUACUUCACUAAGCGAAGUUGGGCUUGGGAAGGAAAGAAGGUACCAGAAGCCCUGGAGAUGAAGGAGGUGUUCCCCUUGACGGCUGCAGCCUUUUUGAAGUUUUUUCCUCGGAGGAAAACACCAGCAGCCCCAACAAAGAAAACAAGCACCACUUUCAACAUUGUGGGAACCACCUAUCCUAUGAACCUGGCCAAGGAUGCUGAGUUCUCCACCAUCUCCAAGGGUGCUGCUCCCAGUGCUUCUUCAACUCCAACAGUCAUCGCUUCACCCAAGGCCACUUACGUGCAGGACAGUCCUGCUGAGACCAAGACCUACAACAGUGUCAGCAAGGUUGACAAAAUUUCCCGCAUCAUCUUUCCUGUGCUCUUUGCCAUAUUCAAUCUUGUCUAUUGGGCCACAUAUGUGAACCGUGAAUCAGCUAUCAAGGGCAUGAUCCGCAAACAGUAGAUAAUAGUGGCGGCACAGCAACCAGAGCACUGUAUACCCCAUGAAGCAUCCAAACACCAAAACCAGGGCUCCCUUCAUGUGUUUCAUGAUUUUUCUUUUUAACCCUGUUCCAGGCUGAGUGUAAUCACUUUCUCAAUUCACAUUUAUAAACCUCAAUGAAAAUGUAAUAACAGAAAAAUGACUUGUCCAUUGAACAUUGCUUGGAUUGAGCCAAACACUGCCAUUUGUCCAGUUGCUCAUCUCAGUAUGCCAGUCUCCCCCAGCUGAGGGCACUGCAUGUAUUUAAUUUUACUCUGUCCACUGAAGAAGGGACAGGAGACUCUACUUCUAGUGGAAACCUUGGCUGUGUGAGAUCCAGGAUGUUGAGAUUCAGGAGCUGGGCUGCAUUGGAUGAUUCUGACUCACUAUGAAGUUAGGCCUAGCUAUCUCAUAUAAUUUUAUCAAUCUGGCCCCUCCUAUGCCCCCAGCAGGGCCUACUAGACCUAUGAACUUGUAAAAUGUGAAGAAGCCUAUGCAAACUUCUGAACUGACUCCUACACAGGUUCUUGACUUGUAGGUCAGUGGGGACAAUUGAGCCUCACCUCUGUCAAACAUGUAUGACAAAAAGAGGGAACUAAUUGGGUCAUUCCAGCAUUAAAAGACUAGGUGCUACUGUAGUUUCAACUAGCCCCUCAGGAAAGCAGCACCUCAAUAUAUGUCUCCUUCAGGAAAGUCCCCUGCCUCAAUAACACUGAGCCCCUUAUAGCCAACUGACUAUUGCUUACUGUGGAUUCAUGACUGCCUACAAACCCUUCUGGAAAAAUGAAGACUCUUUUAAGUUAAAUUAAAACACAUACACACAAAAUUAUCCAGAUCAAAUGCCUAUAUAAGAAUUGUUCAAAGACAGGUAAUCUAAGAAACUCACCUCCCUGCCAAGGCAACUAGUCAAAUAGUAGAAGAAUAAGAUGUUUGGUAGUAGUUGAAGGCUGCCUCAAAAGAAAGGGCCACAAACAGUGGAAAGUCAAACUUUUCCAUCCACAUUGUACAUAUCACACUCCUCUUUCAGGCCCAGUCAUUUUGCUUCCAUUGUGUCAAGGACUUCUCACCUGCUUUGGAUGCCAAUUGCAAUGAGAAAUGAAUUACAGAUUCAUACAAAUAUCUCUAUUUAUUUUUGAGUCAGUUAAUUUAUUAGCUUUAUUAGCAAUUUUAUAAUGCAUUAGAGGCCACUUGAUCUCAUUUUGUUCUUAAAUGUAAGCAAAAGAACAGAUAAAAACACACAAUUUUUAUAAGGCAGUUCUAGAAGUUUGAAUAAUUUGCCUGAAAUUCUUACAAAUGUCAUUGAUAAAGAAAUAUCCUAUACCCAUUUCCAAAGGCCAAAAUGAAGGUAUAUCUGAGAAGCCAGGGCCAUUCUUACUUUAGAAUGAGCACAGCCACAGUUGGCCCUCUGUGUCAUGAAGACAGUUUGACACUAUAAAGGUCUUUAGAAAGGUAACAAUGCAUUCCCCAAAAAGAUGACUUCCAGUAGUAAUUACUCAAAGGAAUGAGACUGUUCAAUAAACAGCCCCAGACACUUUGGAUCUGAAUACCUCAACUAGCCCAGAGUACCCAGAAUGUCCAAGGUAAAGCCACAAGUAGGUUCUUUGCCCACCCACUGAACAAAGCUCCUAAGGGGUGUAUCAUUAGCUGCUGGUUGCCUUUAAUCCAUCUUUCCCUUAACCCCUGCUUCCUUGCCAUUGCUGGGAUAAUGCAUGCCAGUCCCAUUAUUCUUAAGACUGUGUCUGUAGGUAAAUUUAUGACUAGAAGAAUGUAGUUUUGUGGAUGUGUAGGGAUGGGGGUGGGAUGGGGGGCUGUUAAUGAUUGUCUUAAGGAUAUAAAAUGAAAGCUUGACCUUUGCCUCUCUGUAGAAAUUGUGUUUUCAAAUGCUUUGGUGCAAUGUUUAGCGGCUGUUUAUUAAAUCCUUUAUGAAUUGUA